GAUAGAUAGAAAACUACAUGAAGUGUACAAGUCCCUUUGACCGACCCUACAUAGUGCCUUUAUACAGACAGGAAGUCGUUUGGACUUUGCUUGUGAUAGUUCGCUUAAGAAUCCGAGCAAAGAGCAAUGAACAGUAUUGUGAGAGCUGCAGUUUUAGGAAACAGGGGGCUGUGGUUUCCUGCUCUGAACGCUGUUAAAACCAUGUCGACUUCAGGAGGCCCCACUCCGCCUUUCACCACCCUGUCAGUCACCCAACCAGCCAAUCACAUCACUCAUGUAGAGCUGCACCGUCCAGAAAAACGCAAUGCCAUGAACAAGGCCUACUGGAGAGAAAUGGUUGAGUGUUUUAAUCAGAUUGCUGAAGACUCGGAGUGCCGUGUGGUGGUCUUUUCAGGUGCUGGGAAACUUUUCACAGCAGGUAUUGAUCUUAUGGACAUUGCCGGGGAUUUGCUGCAGCCCCAAGGAGACGAUACGGCGAGGGUAGCAUGGUAUAUUCGCGGCAUCAUUUCCAAAUACCAGAACACGUUCUCUGUGAUUGAAAAGUGUCCGAAGCCUGUGGUGGUGGCAGUGCAUGGUGCUUGCGUUGGAGCAGGAGUGGAUCUAAUCACAGCCUGUGAUAUUCGUCUGUGCACACAGGACGCCUGGUUUCAGGUGAAGGAGGUGGACAUUGGCCUUGCGGCAGAUGUUGGAACUCUGCAGCGUCUUCCUAAAGUGAUUGGCAGUCGUAGCUUGGUGAACGAGUUAGCACUUACUGCAAGGAAAAUGCAUUCUGAUGAAGCCAAGAGCUGUGGAUUAGUCAGUCGUGUGUUUCCAGAUAAAGAGUCCAUGAUAACUGGAGCUCUGGAAAUUGCAGGUGAGAUCGCAAGCCGGAGUCCUGUCGCUGUUCAGGGAACCAAAAUCAACCUCCUCUACUCCCGAGACCACAGUGUGACCGAGGGCCUGGAUUACAUGGUGACUUGGAACAUGAGCAUGUUGCAGACGCAGGACCUUAUGAAGUCUGCCCAGGCAGCCCUGGAGAAGAAAAGCCCUAAAGACGUGACCUUUUCUAAGCUUUAAAGUCAAAAAAGAAGGUAGUCCAAGAUUGUGGAAGAUGCCAGCUGUCUCAGACGUGGAAUUGAGACUUUAUCAUGCACAUCACAUCAAUAGUUCUUCCUGUUAAAUCUGAAUUGUUUAGUUUUUUCAUUCAUAGAGCAGUCACAAGACUGAUGGAAGUGAAAUGAUUUAUGAUUCAUUGUUAAUUAAUUGGUUUCUGCUCCUCUAUAACUGCAGAAUGUAGUUCAGUUAACACAAUCCCUUGAGAGUUCAUUUACAUUUUUAUUUGAUCUAUGUCACACGGUUUGCCAUUAAUGUGUGAUUUAUGGUCGAGCACCUACAGCUCUAGUUGCAUUAUGUUUGUGAAUAAAAAGGAUUUCAAUAUAGA